AUGGCAGCCGCUACGGAUGAGCUGAUUUUGUUGGAACGAGUGUUUCUUCGAUUGGGAUCUACAGAGACUGAUGAGCAGUUGCAGACAUCAGUAUGCAAGUUUUUGCCUCCAGUUUUGUUGAAAUUAUCCAGCUCCCAAGAAGGUGUCAGGAAAAAAGUGAUGGAGUUGUUAAUUCAUAUAAAUAAAAGAAUAAAAAGUAGGCCCCAAGUUCAGCUACCAGUUGAGGCGCUAUUAUUACAAUAUCAAGAUCCAGCUGCUAGUUCAUUUGUAAUUAAUUUUACAAUUAUAUAUAUAAAACUGGGAUAUCCUAGAAUGGAGAUGCAUAGGCAAGCCAACCUAGUUCCAAGUGUAUUGAAUGCUAUAGAAGGAAAACCAUUGUCUCAUCAAGACAGUUUGAUGCUCAUAAUUAUGCCUGUAUUGGGUCAUAUUGAUAUUCCCAUGGAUCCAGAUAAGCGGGCGUCCCUUCUUGGCUUACAAGAUAAACCUUACGUAGCGAAACAGUUAAUCAAUUUUAUGCUUGAUGUAUUGUUAUUACCUUAUGGAUCCGUAGGGCAGACAGAGAACCAACAGUCAGGUCAGGCAAUUGAUUGGUCGCAAUUUCCUGUGCCGUUAGGAUUAAGCGAAUAUAGCUUCAAACGCGUGGUAGGAGAAACUCCUCCAACAGCAGAACAGCUCGAACAAACGAAACUUGGAAUUGUGAAAUUUCUGGCUGGAGGAUUUUUUCCUGAUUCGGACAUUCUUACACAUUUGAUAGUAGCCGCUGCAGAUACUAGAUUCAGUGUCGCUAAUUUGGCAGACUUGGAGUUGAAAAAAAUUAUUAAUACAUUGGAUUGGUCUUCGAUGCAAUUAGCAUCUCCGCUGUACGCAUUAUUUCUGGGAACCGAUGCUUUGGCUACUCAGAAAGAAGUUAAGCCGGAAAUGAAGCGACUGCCUGCAUGCACUCGAAUUCGAUUGAAAUUGUUGCAUUAUCUGUGUCGUGUGACCAAAGCUGGUUUUAUUAUGCCCCCGUGCAUACAGGUAGUUUUUGAUACACUUUAUGGAUACAAUACGAAUCCAAGGUUGAAAUCAAUGGCAUUACAGUUUACAUCGAAUAUUGUUCAGCAGUGUAGCCUUACACCGUUAGCACUUGUGGCUGGUGUUAUUUUAAACGGAAUGAUAAAAUUAAUCUCCGAAGGUGAGGAGAGUCACAUAGUGAUGGCGUAUACUGUUAUUGGGCAGCUGGGACAGAGAAUUCCCUCUCUGAUUAACAAAGAUUCAAGUUUGUUACGUGAUAUGUUUGACAAACUCGUGUCGACAGAAGGUGAGUUACGAAGGGCAGUGCGCGAUGCACUAAUUUCCGUAACGUCUGCAUUUGUACUUAAUAAGGAGGAUGAAACAAAUAUAGCCUUGAUGAAUGAUUUAUUGUCUGCCUAUAUCGAAUCACCGGAAUCUCAUGUGAGAUUUGUGGCCAUGCAUUAUGCUGCUAAUGUUUUUCCAUCCGAUGAUGCACCUUCUCGUUAUCUUUUGUUAUUAGCAUCUGGAGAUAAUAAACAUGAAAUAAGUAAAGAAGCUAUAAAGGUUUUAUACAGUGGUCUGAAUAAACAUGAAAACGAGACAUGGGAUAGUAAACAAGUUGUGCUGCCAGAUUUUCAAAAACUUGUUAUUUAUAUUUACUCGAAGAUGCAGACUAGAAUGCCUACUUCUAGUAGCGGGAAAGCGAAUGUUGACAGUAAAGUACUUCCUUACAGUGUCGCUGUAUUCACAGAGAUAAUUAACUAUCUUCGCAUUUGUUUAGCAAAAAGUGCUAAUGUAGCUGUAUACAACGAACCAUUACGGCAUCCCUGCGAAAGUACACCAUUAAUUGCACGUUAUUUAAAAAAUCUGUAUAAAAAUCAGCCUGAAACUUUGAAUAAUUAUCUUGAUAUGGUUUUAAUUCUUAGCCAUGCUUCUGCAGAUCAGUGUUCUCUACAAGCUCUGCUGGAAGUAAUUGGUUCCGUUCCAGAAUAUGUAACGAAAAGUUACGAAAAUGAGUUACAGUGGCUACAGAAUCAACUGGCAUCUACCAAAUCAGACGUAAGACAAUUGGCUGCUAAAAUUUACGGCAUGGUAACUGCUCCGUUACCUGAAAAUGUUUUCGAGGCCCAAAUUUCGGAAAUCAUGAGCAUUACGAAUAAGAAGAGUUUGGAAGCACAGCACGGGGCAUUAAUGACAUUAACGUAUAUGAUGGAGAGGAGAUUAGUUUCUAGUAAAAAUGGCACGAGCUCGUUCAAUUUAAAUACUUACAUUAACAUUGUAAAAAUGAUAUGCACCUUCCUUCGCAGCAGUACCAUUUUGUUAAUGGAUGUUGCCGUUCAAAAUAUCGGUACUUUGGGAAAAACCUAUAGUUUACCGUUGCCUGACAUGGGCGAAGAUGAAUCGAACAAAAAGGCAAUUGUAGAAACGCUAUUUUCUAUAUUAAAUAACGUGAAACUUAACACUAAGAUUAAAGAAAAUGCUGCCCUGUCCCUAGGGUACUUAUGCAUAGGGGAAAACUUUCCAUAUACCUCAGAUAUAGUUAGCAAAAUAAUUACUACAGUUAAAGAGACAAAAGAUGUCGAGAUUCAUUUGACUUUGGGAGAGGCUCUGAUUUGCUGUGUACAGGGGCAAGCUCAUCCAGAAGGACGAGAUGCUUGGGUAACACUACCGAAUGAACAUAAAGUACCAUACAGCAAUACCAGUACCGAACUUCUGAUAUGUACAGUGGAUGAAUUACUUAGGAUAUACAAAGACCCGCAUCCUAACUUAAGACAGGCGGUCUGUGUGUGGUUGUUAGCGCUGGUGAAAUAUAAUAUCGAGAGGGAUUGCAUUAAAGAAAGGUUUCCGUCGCUGCAUCAUACAUUCAUGGAUUUCCUUUCUGAUGAUAGCGAUAUAGUACAGGAUAUUGCAGCAAAGGGACUUAGUUUCAUUCAUAUUAAUAGCUCAAAGGAAGAAAGAGAAUUAUUGGUGUCUCGUAUGUUAGAACAAUUUACACAGGGACGUAAAACUGUACGAAAAGUUGCGCCUGAUUCGAAAUUAUUUGAAGAAGGUCAACUGGGAAAGUCGCCAACAAACGGAAAUUUGUCAACGUAUAAAGAAAUUUGUUCUCUGGCCACGGAACUACAAAAUCCGGAUUUGAUAUACUAUUUUAUGCAUUUGGCAAAUAAUAAUGCAGUUUGGACAUCGAAGAAGGGUGCUGCAUUUGGAUUUGCAGCUAUCGCUAAAGUGGCAAACGAAGAAUUGAAUAAGUAUUUACCAAACAUAAUACCACGCUUGUAUAGAUAUCAGUUCGAUCCAACACCCAAAAUUCAGCAGAGUAUGUCUAGCAUUUGGCGCACAAUUGUCCCUUCAACGAACAAGGCUAUUGAACAAUAUCAUAAAGAAAUCUUGAGUGAUAUAACUGAUAAUUUAACUCAUCACGAGUGGAGAGUACGUAUCAGUAGUUGCAAUGCGCUUGCAGAUUUGUUAAGAGCGAACGUUCAUUUCAAUCUCGCGGAGUGCGCGCCCGAAUUGUGGAAGAAACUGUUUCGAGUGAUGGACGACAUUCAUGAAGGUACCAGAUUAGCAGCUACGAACACGACUAAAAUAUUCAGCAAAAUUUGUAUUCGUUAUUGUGAUUCUUCUAAUGGUAAAGAGGGUGAAGAAGUGAUACAAGCAAUACUGCCUAUACUAUUAGAUAUAGGGGUUAUUAAUGUCUUGAGCACUGUGAGAUCAUUGUCCUUGCAAACAGUGGCCCAGUUAGUAUCGAAAGCUGGUCAUUUGCUUAAACCGUCUCUAGUCACUUUGAUUCCUGCUCUUCUGUCCACAAUUGGGGAAUCUGAGAAUCCUAAUUUCUCGUAUCUGAGCAAUGUGUACGGAGCAUCGUCGGAAACACGAGAAGCCAUUGACAAUGUUAGAGCCAGUGCUGCUAAAGGGCAUUACGCUACUGAUACAAUAACGAAAUGUGUGCAGUAUGUCGAUGCAGGGAUCUUGAAAGAAUUAAUGCCCAAAGUGAUAGAUUUAAUCAAGUCUAGCGUAGGAUUUGGAACAAAAAUAACCUGUUCACAUUUUGUGAUUCUUUUGAGUACGCAUUUGAAGUUAGAAUUACAACCGUAUACUGGUAAACUUUUGUCUGCUUUAAUGAAUGCUCUGUCAGAUCGCAAUGUAAUCGUUCGAAAAAAUAAUGCAAUCGCUAUUGGACAUAUAGUUGGAUCAGCGAAAGAAUCUAGCCUUGAUAAAUUGUUUAAAACGCUUAAUACAUGGUACAUAGAACGCGAUGAUACAAUUAAAUUAGCAAUCGGACAAACGCUACAAGCUAUAAACAAUUACAAUCAGGAAGUGUUGAAGAAGUAUUCGAGUAUCGUUAUACCACUUACCUUCUUCGCGAUGCACAUGCAAAAGACACAAGAGAAUGAAGAUAUGGUUAAUUUAUGGACUGACCUAUGGAACGAGAUAACUCCAGGAACAGAAACCGGAAUUAAACAAAACGUAGAAACAAUAACAGAACUUUUACGUUCAUCCUUGGAGUCAUCGUCGUGGACUGCAAAAGCUCAAGCAGCCAAUGCGGUCCGUACUCUGGCCGAGAAAUUAGGCAGCGAUAUCACACCGACUGUACGGAACAGUUUACUGAAGGUGUUGACAGAAGGUUUACGUGGAAGAACUUGGGACGGAAAGGACAGAAUUCUGACUGCUCUGGUUACGUUGGCGUGCAAUAGCAAGCAAGCUUUUAAAGAGGACCCCGAAAUGUGCGCGGUUAUAGUCCAAGCAUUGCACAGGGAGAGCAAAAAAGAAGCUUUAGAAUACCGACGUCACGCUCUACAAGCCUUUGGAAUGGUUUUGCAUGAACUAGAUAUCGAUAAAUUUAAAGAAGUAUAUGAUAUUGUUGAAGAAAUACGUAGAACGUUGUCAAAGAAAGAUGAAAAUGAAUCGCUGAUUUCCGAUGAAAGAGUAAAGAGAAACAACGACAUUUUCAAAUUGUAUGAAACAGUCUAUGGGGUACUCGGUAAAGCAUGGCCAUCUUGCAAAGAAACUCAAGAUAAAUAUUGCGUAGAAUUUGUAACCCAUUGCGGAACCGUGUUUCCUACGCAAUCCACAUCUAUACAAGCAUCAAUAUUGGCAACACUUAACUUAUUUGUGGAUAAACUUGCGUUGCUUGAAGUGGACCACUCAGACUUAUCGAUUCAAGAAAAAGAAAUGUUGAAUGUAACUUGUGAUACGCUUAACAAAAUACUAAAAUAUAGUAUAGGUAUUUCGUACACCAGGAUUAGGAAAGAAGCCUUGAAUAUAGCUUUGUCUCUUGGUAAAAAAUUACGCGACACUAAUAAUACUGAACAGUUUCAUCAAAUGACCGUAGUGUUCCAAGAGUUUAUGCCACAAUUGACAACGGACAACGAACCGGAAAUUCGGACUAGACUUAUGGACAUCAAGGAAAUAUUUAAGCUGUGAAGAUAAUUGCCGUUAAGUUGAUGACUGUCUUUAAUCAAUUU